AUGUCUGCUGCUCCUGUCCAAGACAAAGACACUCUGUCCAAUGCCGAGCGUGCUAAGAACGUCAACGGUUUGCUUCAGGUGCUCAUGGACAUUAAUACUCUUAACGGAGGGAGCUCCGACACUGCUGAUAAGAUAAGAAUCCAUGCCAAAAACUUCGAAGCUGCUUUGUUCGCUAAAAGCUCUUCAAAGAAAGAAUACAUGGACAGCAUGAACGAAAAAGUUGCUGUCAUGCGCAACACGUACAAUACCAGGAAAAACGCCGUUACUGCUGCAGCUGCUAAUAACAACAUCAGCCCCGUGGAACAGCACCAUAUUAACAACUUGAAAAAUUCUGGCAGCAGUGCCAAUAACAUGAGCGUCAAUAUGAACCUAAACCCUCAGAUGUUCUUGAAUCAGCAGGCUCAGGCAAGACAACAGGUUGCACAACAAUUAAGAAAUCAACAGCAACAACAACAACAGCAGCAGCAGCAACAACAACAACAACAACAACAACAACAACAACAACAGCAGCAGCAGCAGAGGCGUCAAUUGACUCCUCAGCAACAACAAUUAGUGAAUCAAAUGAAAGUAGCGCCCAUUCCCAAGCAACUACUGCAAAGAAUUCCUAAUAUUCCGCCAAAUAUCAACACUUGGCAGCAAGUCACUGCUUUGGCUCAACAGAAACUACUAACGCCUCAGGAUAUGGAGGCUGCGAAGGAAGUUUACAAGAUUCACCAGCAAUUGCUGUUUAAAGCAAGGUUGCAGCAACAACAAGCACAGGCCCAGGCCCAAGCCCAGGCCCAAGCCAAUAACAAUAAUAACGGCCUCCCUCAAAAUGGUAAUAUUAACAAUAAUAUGAAUAUUCCUCAACAGCAGCAAAUGCAACCUCCUAAUGCAAACACGAACGCCAAUCCUUUGCAGCAGCAACAAUCUCAGAAUACCGUACCAAACGUCCUCAACCAAAUCAACCAAAUUUUCUCUCCAGAGGAGCAGCGCAGCUUAUUGCAAGAAGCCAUUGAAACCUGCAAGAAUUUCGAAAAAACACAAUUGGGCAGUACAAUGACGGAACCUGUUAAGCAAACCUUUAUUAGAAAAUAUAUCAACCAAAAGGCCUUGAGAAAAAUCCAAGCUUUGAGAGACGUUAAGAACAACAACAACGCUAACAACAACAGCUCCAACCUCCAAAGAGCUCAGAAUGUCCCUAUGAACAUCAUCCAACAACAACAGAGCACGAACAAUAAUGAUACCAUCCAAUCUUCUGCUACGCCUAACACUACCGUUUUCCCUCAGCAACAGAAUGCAAGUUCUAAAUUAUAUCAAAUGCAACAACAACAACAGGUUCAGGCACAAGCUCAAGCCCAGGCACAAGCCCAGGCACAAGCCCAGGCACAAGCGGCACAAGCACAAGCACAAGCACAAGCCCAGGCUCAAGCACAGGCGCAAGCACAAGCACAAGCACAAGCACAAGCACAAGCACAGGCACAGGCUCAGGCUCAAGCACAGGCGCAAGCACAGGCUCAGCGCCAACCCUCCCAACAACCACAGCAGGCUCAGCCACAAACCAAUCCACUGCAUGGGUUGACACCAACUGCAAAGGAUGUCGAAGUCAUUAAGCAAUUGUCAUUGGAUGCUUCCAAGACUAACCUAAGACUUACAGAUGUAACGAAUUCUUUAUCCAAUGAAGAAAAGGAAAAAAUAAAAAUGAAGUUAAAGCAGGGUCAAAAGCUGUUUGUUCAAGUAAGUAAUUUUGCACCACAAGUUUACAUUAUCACAAAGAAUGAAAAUUUCUUGAAGGAGGUUUUUCAGUUAAGAAUCUUUGUCAAAGAGAUCCUAGAAAAGUGUGCCGAGGGUAUUUUUGUUGUUAAAUUAGACACCGUUGACAGGUUGAUUAUUAAGUAUCAAAAAUACUGGGAAAGUAUGAGAAUUCAAAUUUUAAGAAGACAAGCUAUUUUAAGGCAGCAACAACAAAUGGCUAACAAUAAUGGAAAUCCGGGCACUGCUUCUGCUGGUAAUAAUAAUAAUAUUGCAACUCAGCAAAAUAUGCAACAGUCACUACAGCAAAUGCAGCAUUUACAGCAAUUGAAAAUGCAGCAACAGCAACAGCAACAGCAACAGCAACAACAACAGCAACAGCAACAACAACAGCAACAACAACAACAGCAACAGCAACAGCAGCAACAACAACAACAACACAUAUAUCCUUCCUCGACCAGUGGUGUAGCUAAUUAUCCAGCGAUGGCGAAUGCAUCCAGUAACAAUAUGUCAUACAUAAACCAUAAAAAUACCUCUAGCAUGGAUUUUUUGAACUCUAUGGAGAAUACACCAAAGGUUCCCGUAUCUGCCGCGGCAACCCCAUCACUCAACAAGACGAUCAAUGGUAAGGUGAAUAGCAGAACAAAAUCUAAUACUAUACCUGUUACCACCAUUCCAUCAACAAAUAAGAAGCUCUCCAUGUCAAAUACUGCUAGUCAACAGCCCACUCCCAGGUCUGCAUCGAAUACCGCAAAAUCAACUCCAAAUACAAAUCCUUCUCCAUUGAAAACUCAAACGAAAAAUGGCACACCAAACUCCAACAACAUGAAGACUGUACAAUCUCCCACGGGCGGACAACCAUCAUAUAAUAGUGCCAUAAUUGAGAAUGCAUUCAGAAAGGAAGAACUCUUGCUUAAAGAUUUGGAAAUGAGGAAAUUGGAAAUAUCUUCUCGUUUUAAACAUCGACAAGAAAUUUUCAAAGAUUCUCCUAUGGAUUUGUUUAUGAGUACAGUUGGUGAUUGUUUAGGUAUCAAAGAUGAAGAGAUGCUUACUUCAUGUACUAUUCCCAAGGCUAUGGUUGAUCACAUCAACGGUUCUGGUAAAAGGAAGCCUACUAAGGCAGCCCAAAGGGCUCGCGAUCAGGAUUCAGUCGACAUUUCCAUAAGGGACAACAAGUUGAUUAUGCAGAGUAAAUUCAAUAAGACUAAUAGGUCUUAUUCAAUUGCGUUGCCCAAUGUUGCUGUUAUAUUCAAAGGUAUUGGUGGAAACUUCAAAGACUUAUCCACUUUGGUUCAUUCAUCAUCGCCGUCCACAUCUUCUUCUAAUGUAGAUGUCGGUAAUCCUAGAAAGAGGAAAGCCAGCGCAUUAGAAAUAAGCCCGCAGGAUUCGAUAGCCUCAGUGCUAUCACCAGAUUCAAAUAUAAUGAGUGAUUCUAAAAAAAUCAAAAUAGAUUCUCCUGAUGACCCGUUCAUGAUAAAAUCCGGAGCCACAUCUGAUGAAAAACAAGAAGUUACGAAGAAUGAAGCGCCAUUUUCAACUUCUGCCGCUAAUUCAGAACAAUUCAACGUAUGGGAUUGGAGUAAUUGGACAAGUGCUACUUGA